AUGCUUCCUGACCCCGUGGCUUUUGUUCCCCUUACAGACACACGCAUCUCCAGAGACUGUCGCCUGCUGGCUGAGCUGCGCGAAUUGACUCAAUCGGAUGCGCUUUUUUACAGUCUUGUCUGCUACGAGCUCUACGUCCUCUGUGGUCCGAUUUUCAUUGGUUCCAUUGUGGACUCGCAUUUUGGAGUUGUCUUCGUCUUUGGACUGUUUGUCAGCAAUACCUUUCUACCCGAGAGCUUCACAUACGUCUUCGAAAUCUACCAGCUCGUCUUUUGUGUGUUCACUGUCCUCCUGCCGUACGGUUGGUUCGCCUGCCUGCUGAGUCCCGGUCGUCUCUGGCUGUUACCCUUUGCUUGGGUCCUCUUCCGCCUUGCUGGUCGCCGUCCCAAGUAG